AUGACGCGGCGCUCGCAUUGCAACGCCAACGGCCACCACAACACGCCCACCUGCGGCGGUGGAGGCGGGGGGCUGAGGCUGUUCGGCGUGAGGCUGACGGAUGGAUCGUUCAUAAAGAAGAGCGCGAGCAUGGGCAACCUCUCGCAUUCCUCCGCCGCGCCGGAGCCCGCCGGUGGGUACCACUCUGACGAUCCCGACCGCGGAGGCGCCACCGCCGCUCUCCGGCUGCCGCCCAUCAGGAAGAGAGGAAUACCAUGGACAGAGGAAGAACACAGGCAAUUCCUGUUAGGUCUGCAGCAGUUAGGAAAAGGUAAUUGGCGUGGAAUUUCGAAAGGUUAUGUUCGUUCGAGGACUCCAACUCAGGAAACGAGUCCAACGUCAAACACGCGACAGCUCAGCAUCCCAUCUCCACAGGCAGUUACCGCCAAUGAAAGCGAAAAGCUCAUGCUGACAUCAUCAUCAUCAUCCUCGUCAUCUCAAGGGGCAAUAUCGUCUCUCGACCUUUCUCUAAAGCCGGCUUUCACGUCUCUUGACCAUUCUCUUGAAGACAACAAAGCACGAAAAUCUCAACAUCAUCAGAUUAUUACGAAUGUGCCGGCUGUGCAAGAACCCAUGAAGGAGCUCUUGGGCAUGUCUCAGUUGACUUUAGGGGAGACCGGCAUUUUGCAGAAUGAGGCUUUGACUUUCUCUCUGAGUGUAGCCGAAAAUCCGUAG